AUGCUGCUGCUCUUGUUGUUCACGCGCCUUGGAUUACUACUGCUAGCGAUCGAACUGAAGGAUGACGAGAAGAAGGAAUGCAAUAUAGCUAUCAAUCCGGCACCUAACACCACUAUCCAGCCACAGACUCAGGGAUUCUUCAUUGCUCAGUCAGCUGAUGAAGUGAAGCGAGCAUUUUACUGGUGCAAGCAAUGCCACGAAGACAUCAUGGAUGUGUCGCUUAUCAAGAAAUGCAAAUGCCGAAAUUCUCGUGCAACACCGAUGUCUAAUGCGGCGAAUGAUACAGCGGUACAGCUACGACGACUUGACCAGAGGCGUAUGAUGGGGAGGAAAAAUUCGCUAAGUCUGCCACCGGAAGGCCGUGGCAUUGAUAUCGGUAAGGAAUUCGAGCAACAGGAUAUGAAAUACGAUAGCACUGGCAUGUUUCACUGGUGCCCAGCAAGAACACUGGAAGAAUGUGUCCUGGAUAGGCAUCAGGCAGCAAUGACAGUGCUUAAUGGGCAUGUGGUUGUUUGUUUGUUCGCAGAUCGUGAUUCGCCAUUAAUUGGCCUUCGU